CGGCGGACCUGACGGCUAUGCGCGCGUGUUCUUUGUUUUUAUCUUAAUUUGUUUUUCUUUCGACAAUGGCAAAGAGACUGUGGCCGUGUGCUUUCGUAUUGUGCUUCUUGAAUUUGGCGCUUGAAGUUAAAAAUGGAUUCGGACUGCAGAAAGAGGGCCAACGAACAUGCAUAGUUGGUGCUGGCUACUCGGGUUUGGGCACUGCCCGAUACAUGAAGGAUUAUGGAGUGAACUUCACUUUGUUCGAGGCAACCAAGCACGUCGGAGGAACCUGGAGGUUCGAUCCUCACGUAGGCACAGAUGAGGACGGCUUGCCAUUAUUCACAAGCAUGUACAAGCAUCUCCGAAUAAAUACACCGAGAUUGACAAUGGAGUACCGAGGAUUUCCUUUUCCAGAAGACACUCAGUCUUAUCCCACGGGAGAAUGCUUUCACAAAUAUUUGAGAUCGUUCGCCAAACAUUUCGAACUGGAAAAGUAUAUUCAAUUCCAGAGUUUCGUAACAUUGAUAAAAUGGGCCGAGGACCAUUGGAACAUUACUUACACGAAGGUUGACACCAAGGAAACUCGGACGGCAGAAUGCGACUUUGUGGUUGUAGCUAAUGGAGAAUUUAGCACUCCAGUGUGGCCGAGCUUUGAAGGACAAGAUAUUUUUAAAGGUAAAAUGAUACACAGCCACGAUUAUAAAGACCCCGAAGACUACAGGAAUCGGCGGGUACUACUAGUCGGAGCGGGGCCUUCAGGACUCGACCUGGCGAUGCACCUCAGUAACGUCACAGCAAAACUUGUCCACAGCCACCAUCUCAACUACAACCAACCAUUCUUCUCCAGCAGUUAUGUAAAAAAACCCGAUGUCAAAAUGUUCACAUCGAAUGGAGUUAUGUUCCAGGAUAACACCUUUGAAGAUAUAGAUGACGUCAUAUUUUGUACUGGCUACGUGUUCUCGCAUCCCUUCUUAGACAAAAGCGUCGGCAUUACAGCAACAGGCAAGUUCCUGUUGCCACUGUACCAACACAUGGUCAAUAUCAGACACCCCUCCAUGGUGUUUGUGGGCAUACCGAAGAAGGUGCUCAACAAUGUGCUUGAAGCCCAGGGUGAAUACGCAGCUGCGCUAGCCGCCGGUAAGUUCGAGCUGCCUCCUCAGGAGACCAUGCUGAAGUCUUGGCUGAGGCACGUUCGCACGCUGCAUUCGAGGGGCAUGAAGAUACUAGACGUCAACGUCAUUGGAAACGAAAUGGACAAUUACUUCGCAAAUUUGACACAGGAGGCGGGUAUUUAUCGCCGGCCUCCAGUACUAAGUGACAUCAGGGACUUCAAUGCGAGGUACCGUCUGGAAGACUUGCUCAACUACCGUGACUAUGAUUAUCGAAUCAUCGAUGACUAUAAAUACGAGAGAUGGUACAACCCUAGGAAGGGAAACCCAUGCCCUCUUGAGAUAUAGACAAUCAACUUUGUGAUUAAUUUUUCUCAUCAAGUGAGUAUGAAAAAGUUCGUUGUGAGUAAUUCGAAGGGAACGUUAUCCUUUCUUCUUUAAAAGUAACUUAUCUUAUUGAAUUGCUAUACAAUUUUGCAUCUGUCUUGUUUCAUUGUUUUUUUUCUAAGUAGGUAAUCUUGACUGACUUCAGUAUCUCAAAAUUAGUUAAAAAGCUCAAGUUAUUCUUAGUAAAGAAUAAUUAUGGCAAAUCAGUUGAUGUUUAGUCAAGUACGUAUUGACUAAAGGUUUUAGUAUAAGUGUGAGUAAAUUUCUACUAAUUAGGUGCAAAGGGCAUCACAAAUUUAACUGUGAUAGUAAUAAUUUAGCGUACAGCUGUUAUUCAAAGUAUUUUGAAUGUUUUUUUUUAAUAAUCACGUAGCUGUUGUAUGACAAAAAGAAAUCUAAUAUGUAAGAAAUAAUCGCACUGCACAUUAAAAAAUACAUGACUU